UUCGUUUCUUUUCACAGCUUCGCUUCACGCCGUUUCCCUUCCCCCAGGUAAGAGUGUGAAGGAGGAGAAGAAAAAAUGUCGCACAGGAAGUUUGAGCACCCCCGUCAUGGAUCCCUCGGGUUUCUGCCCAGGAAGAGAGCUGCUCGCCACAGGGGAAAGGUGAAGGCAUUCCCCAAGGAUGACCAAAGCAAGCCCUGCAAGCUCACAGCUUUCCUUGGCUACAAGGCUGGGAUGACCCACAUUGUCAGAGAAGUCGAGAAACCUGGAUCAAGUAAUUUCUUUUUGUUUUUUCUGCCUUGAUUGGCUCUCUGCUUCUAUGAUGAUUAUUAUACGAUUUAUUUUGAAAUGCUUUGAUUGGAUUGGAUUGAUAUUGUGCUCAUUUUAUACAUCAUUUGGUGUUCUUCCGUCUUGUUGAUGCACUGUUUUGUAUAUAUGACUGAAGCAUCUAAUUGUUCCAUCAUUUGCAUCAAUUUCAUACUCCUUAUACCUAGCUCCUAUUUAAAAUUUCUUAUUGAAAUUCUAAUCCUGUACCCUAAUACUGAAGAAAAUAGUAGAAUGAUAAUCAAAUCAUCUCUGCCAACAAUUUGUUCACAUUCUGUUUUUUGAGACUAUUACAAUUAUAUUGUGGAAUAAUUUGUUGUAGUAUAUGAUAUGUGUUGGUGCAUAGGGAGUUUGCCUACCAUUUAGACCAUUCGUUCUUCCUGUAGUUUUCUUUUCAAGCAGUUUUGAUUCUGACUUGUGAUUCAAACUUGUAGAACUUCACAAGAAGGAGACUUGUGAGGCUGUGACUAUCGUUGAAACUCCACCGAUGGUGGUUGUUGGAGUUGUUGGAUAUGUGAAGACCCCUCGUGGCAUGCGCUGCCUGUCCACAGUCUGGGCUCAGCAUCUUAGUGAGGAAGUCAGGAGGAGGUUUUACAAGAACUGGUGCAAGUCCAAGAAGAAGGCCUUCACCAAGUACUCCAAGAAGUUUGACAGUGAUGAAGGCAAACAGGAUGUUCAAUCACAGCUGGAGAAAUUGAAGAAGUAUGCAACUGUGAUUCGUGUUUUGGCUCACACUCAGAUAAGGAAGAUGAAGGGGCUAAAACAAAAGAAGGCUCACCUCAUGGAAAUCCAAGUGAAUGGUGGCACCAUUGCCCAGAAGGUUGACUUUGCUUAUGGUUUCUUUGAGAAGCAAGUUCCAAUUGAUGCUGUAUUCCAGAAGGAUGAGAUGAUUGACAUCAUUGGUGUAACCAAAGGUAAGGGUUAUGAAGGUGUUGUGACCCGUUGGGGUGUUACUCGCCUCCCCCGUAAGACUCACAGAGGUCUUCGUAAGGUUGCUUGUAUUGGUGCUUGGCAUCCAGCUAGAGUUUCCUUCACCGUUGCCCGAGCUGGUCAGAAUGGGUACCAUCACCGUACUGAGCUGAACAAGAAGAUUUACAAGCUUGGCAAGGCAGGCACUGAAGGACAUACAGCCAUUACUGAAUAUGAUAGGACUGAGAAGGAUAUUACUCCAAUGGGUGGAUUCCCCCACUAUGGUGUGGUCAAGGAUGAUUACUUGUUGAUCAAAGGUUGCUGUGUUGGGCCAAAGAAGAGGGUUGUCACACUACGCCAGACAUUGCUCAACCAGACCUCUCGUGUUGCUCUUGAGGAAAUCAAGAUCAAGUUCAUUGACACCUCUUCUAAGUUUGGACAUGGUCGCUUCCAGACCACCCAGGAGAAGCAGAAAUUCUAUAAUCGUGCUCAGAAGGCAUAAGCCUACAUGCUUCAUGCUUGAGAUGAACAUGAACCUCCUUCAUGUCUUAAUUAUCCUAGAUCGUAUGAGUUUGAACCCUUUAAAUUUAAUUUCUGUUAUCCAGGAAUUAUUUUUGUUUCGAAAGUUUUGGUACUUAGAACUUGAUACUUGGAUUUCUAUGAGAUCUUUAAACAGUUUGUUCAUUGAAAUGCAUCUGUGUAUGGGUUUCUAAAGUUUUACUAUAUGUUGCCAGGUAGCUUCGUUGUUUUUAGAAAUUCAUCACUGCAUUAACGGAUCUUAUAAUUGCAAAUAAUGCUAUGAAUAUGUAAAAUAGUUAACUCGAAAUCCAAAUCCUUCAAUAAAAGUUGAAUCAGCAAAUUCCUGAAUGGGGGCAAGCCUCUCACAAAAUUUGUGCAAAAAGGGGAGGAGGUUUACUAAUUUCCGGGCUUGAGGCUGGCAGUCUUCUGUUCUAUCAGGUUUUUCAAUUUUCAGAUCAUUAACUACAGAAUAGACAGCCCACAAGUGUCGGGCGGCUACUGCGUGAACUCAGAACGCACGGAGGAUGGCGAGCUCAUAGAAAUUUGCCGUUGUGGUGGUGAAUUGGGAGUGUUUUGAGGUAGUAGUUGAUUGUUGGAUGCAGAUACUGAGUGAUCCUUGUGGGUAUUGGUGGUACAAGAUUGGAAGUUUGAUCUUGUAUGAAUCAUGUGUCGUGAUUGAUAGACUAAUGUGUUAUUGGUUGGCUUUAGCUUAGAAUGGCCAUACACAGUUGUUGUAAUUGGAUUCUGUGGGGUUUACACUAGUAUUUCUUGAGGUUACACUUUUCCCUUGAGAAAAGAUCAAUCAUACACUUAAAAGCCAAAUUGAUGUGUGAGGUUCAGGAGUAAGAAGAUCAAUUGAUGAACUCUUGCCUCAAUUUCUUUUGAAUCAACCGAACUGCCCACUGCAGAAGUUGGUAUUAAUUAAUGUUAGCACUCUUUAUCAAAAAAAAUAAAAUAAAAAUUGUAUCCAUGAAUGCUUUUGUAGAGUUUGUUUGCUUGGGUUUCCAAC